AUGAGUUCAUUAGAUGUCAUUGAUAUAGAUUACGAUCAAGACAACUCAUUGAUUGCACUCAAUCUACUACAUACAAUCAAAUCACAUAAUCAGAGCAACUACAACAACAACAACACCAGCAAUAACAUUGUACAUAAUAAUCAUAGUGGUGAAGAUGAAGAUAAAAGUUAUUUAACUAUUUUCCUAUCGAAAAGAAAAUGUAAACAAUCAAAAGAUAUCUCUGGUUUAAUUACAAUAUUAAAGAAUCAAUUGGUUGAGACUGUUGAAGAAUUAAACAAAUUCCUUGAUACUCAUGAAAACGAUUCACAACAACUACAGGCCAAACAUUACCAACAAUGGGUUGAUAUUCACGAUAAAAUAUCAAAAGAUCAAUUGUCAAAUUCUAUUUAUUUGACAAUACCAAAUUUAUUGAACAACAACCACAAUAAAACUAAUAACAACAACAAUAAUAAUAAUAACCACACUAAGACAACUAAUAGCAAUAGCAAUAGUAAAAUCAACAAUCCUAUUCAUGUAAAUAUUAAAAUAGAACAAAAAGAACAAACAAUACUUCAUCAAAAACAAGAAAAAGAAGAAGAAGAAGAACAAGAACAGCAACAACAAAAAGUAGAGGAACAACAGCAGAAAGAAGAAAAAGAGAAUAAUCAUUAUAUAAAAGAAAAUAGUAAUGAGAAUAAUAAAGAUAAUAAUAAUAAUGUAAAUGAUAUUAAAACAACAUGUAUAUCACCUGAUAUUUCAAAUAGCGAUAAUAGUAGUAGUAAUCUAAAGGAAAAAGAGAAAGAGAAAGAGAUACUGGAGUCAAAAGAUUCAAUUAAAUAUCAAUUACAACAGCAACAACAACAACAACAAUUACAAAGGAAAGAUCAAACAAAAUCAGCUAUUUGGACAUCAACUAAACCUGUAGAUAAGAAAUCAUCUGUAUUCUUUAGAAAUAAUAGAUACAGUGAAUCUGUAAAUCCAAAAUUGAUACCAACAAAUAACAAUAACAAUAGCAACAACAACCAUAAUAAUAAUAAUAUUAUUAGUGGUAGUUUAAUAGUUGGAUCAUUAUCAAUGAAUCAUGAUAAAGUAAAGACUGCCGCUAUCAAUCCUCAACGCUGGCGUUUCCUUCUCACUGGAAUCAACCAGUAUAUUAGUCCAGACGUGCCGUUGUUGUCGGUGGAGUACGUCGUGGAGCGAAUCAAGAGAACCGGUGAGAUUGAACUGACGAUGAAAGAGAUUGAGACUGCCAACAUUAGGAAAUCCGAUAUCUUUAGACGCAACAACUAUCACGAUAAACCAUCGCAGAUCCUCUCGGUCAUUUUGAAACCAAACAAAUGCCAACCCGCUAAAAUAAGAAGGAUUACCAAUGUCGGAUCCUCUCCGACAGGCGUCAAUCAUCCGAGUGCCAGAAUCGCCGAUAAUCUGAUGUUGUCGGAUUGCGAAUCCGACUCUGACACUGUCUCUGCCUACGAUGUCAAGGAGCACUUUAAGACAAUCAUUCUUGCAUUCGAAUUCCACGACUAUGUUUCACCGCUGAACAUUCACUAUCCCGAUAUUCUCACCAAUCUCAAAACGAAAGACGACGAUGCCAUUCUCUCGAUAACCAUUGACGACCAAGAAAAAGUAAACUAUAUCAACAAACAAGAUCCGCUCUAUACUCUGUCGGACGAGGAGAAAGCGCUGGUUUGGCGGUGUCGAUACUACUGCCAGACCGUGCCAACCACGCUGCCAAAGCUGUUACAAUCACUCCAAUGGACCAAUCCCGAGCAUCUCAGUGAGAUGUUUAGAUUCCUCAAGAACUGGCCAAUCAUCGAACCGAUCGAAUCGCUGGAGCUGCUCGAUCCAAAGUUUGCCGACUGCGUAGAGAUUCGUGAAUUCAACACUCACCUCGCUGAAACAUUCUCCAAGGAAAUACAAUCACUCAAGGUAUUGGAGAAUCUUUCCAGGCUGAUAAAAGAUAUUCCAUUUGAGAAACGUAGAACAUUUAUUGAAGAACAUCUACGUGAUAUUAAAGGAGCAAAUAACUUUAGAAUUCCAUUUGACCCAAGUAUUUAUGUAACAGACAUAAUUCCAGAGAAAUGUAAAGCAAUGGAUUCAGCAAAAGCACCACUUUGGAUUGUAUAUAAGAAUAGAGAUUUGAAUGCCAAUCAUUUCCAAAUGAUAGUAAAGACGGGAGAUGAUCUAAGACAAGAUAUUUUAACACUUCAACUGUUAAAGCUGAUGGAUCACAUGUGGAAGUCUGAAGGUUUAGAUCUCCACAUGACUAUAUACCGUUGUCUAGCAACUGGACUUGGUACAGGAUUAAUUGAAGUUGUAAACAAUUCAGAAACAGCUGCAAGAAUUCAAUCUGCUGCUGGUGGUAUGACAGGAGUAUUCAAACAAACACCGAUUGCAAAUUGGUUGAAGAAUCAAAACAUUACAGAGAAUACAUAUCGAGCUGCUGUCACUAAAUUUACACUGUCAUGUGCUGGCUACUGUGUUGCCACCUAUGUUUUGGGUAUUGGUGAUAGACACAACGAUAACAUAAUGAUUGAUAAAUUUGGACAUCUCUUCCAUAUUGACUUUGGUCAUUUCCUUGGAAAUUUCAAGACGUUUGCAGGAUUCCAACGUGAGAAAGCACCAUUUGUUCUUACACCCGACUUUGUCUUUGUCAUUGGUAAAGAUUCUCCUAACUUUGAUUUCUUUGUAGAGACAUGUUGUAAAGCUUACAAUAUCCUCAGAAAGAAUUCACAUAUUUUCUUUAAUAUGUUUGAAUUGAUGUUAUCAACAGGUAUUCCAGAAUUAAGAAGUGAAAGUGAUAUUCUUUAUUUAAGAGAUAAGUUUAGAACGGAUUUAACGGAUGAAGAAGCAUCGGAAAGAUUCAUAAAACUCAUUCACGAGAGUAUCAACACUCUGACGACACAAAUCAAUUUUGCAAUACAUAUAAUGGCACAUAGAAAAGCAAUAGCGAUCGAUAAGAAAACCGGUGACUCAUCAAGAGAAUAA